AUUAUAAAAAUAAUUUAGUCAAAAUUUUAAUAUUAGUAAUGGUAUCAUGUUCCAUUUUAUUAUAUUAGUAGAUAGAUGGAUAGAAGAUAGAUCGUUACAAUAUAGGUAUUUUGGAUCAAUUUUUUUUGUGGAGAUAAAUUAUUAAUAUAAAUAAAAUUGGAAAUUGUUGGAGGUAGAGAGAUGGGGAGAUUGUAUCAAGUAACGUUGGAAGGAGGAGGAGGAAAAAUUUACAGUUGUAAACAUUGUAAAACUCAUCUUGCCCUUCAACAUCAUAUCGUUUCUAAGGCCUUCCAUUGCAAGCAUGGAAAGGCUUAUCUCUUCAGUAAGGUAGUAAAUGUGACUAUUGGGGUCAAGGAAGAUAGAUUAAUGAUGACUGGGCUGCACACAGUUGCUGACAUUUUCUGUGUCAAAUGUGGAUCAAUUGUUGGUUGGACAUAUGAAACGGCACAUGAUAGGAACCAAAAGUACAAGGAAGGGAAAUCAGUCCUUGAACGGUUUAAGCUUUCUGGUCCUGAUGGAAGCAAUUAUUGGGUUAGUCAGGAAGCACAGAUUGGUGGAAGUGAUCAAGACGAUGUCUGAUGAAAUGAUGACCAUUAACCUGCAUUCGGAACAUGGUGUUGGAUUACUAUAUUCCGUGUAAGUAAUUUUGAAGCCCUUUACCGGCUUAUAAAGGCUACUCGGCAGAUGGCUUGGUAGAUCAAUUGUUAUUAUAAUAAGCUGUAAAAUUUACCCUUUCUACAAGGCAUAGAAGGGGUUGCUCUGCUUGUAAUUCUUAUUUAUGGUUCUCUGAAGCACUACUGGAUAUACAAGUGCGGCUGUUAAUGCCAUGUGAUUGUUCCCAAAUCUAUUAAUACAAUAACCUGGUUUUCUGCCCA